CGGGCCACCCCCACAACCCCCCAACCCCCAGUUGAAUCCUCCGGACGCCAUGGCAGCCGUACCCUCCUCCUCGUCGUCGUCGACUCGCCCGAGUCUGCCUCAACUCCCCAAUGGAGAAGGCGACGAGCCUCCAAACUGGGUUCUCCUCGACAUCCUGGGCUACAUCGCUGAAUGCCCCAACGCAACCUUCGCCGAGAGCUCCACCAGCAGCGGCCAUCGCAUCCAAGUAUCCUUCUACACCGCCCGCCCGCCUAACGUCUCCCACUUCUGUGUCCACUGCCCAGGUGUUAAACCAUCAGAAUAUCUUAUGGCUCCCAAGGUCAUCAGCGCAGAGGCCAAUCUCAUCCUCUUCUGCCUUUCUGUGACCCCCUACGCCUGCUUCAAUCCGCGUUACCGCGACUACUUCCUCUACAGGGCGCACCCACGGAACCCAUCACUGGACCUUCUUCCGCAUCCGUACCCCAACUCCUUCGGCGACCAGGAGGUCGCCCUUCUGAGCUUCGACGGCGACGGCGACGAGUACGCCGUCGCUGCUCUCACAAGCAGGUGCGACACCGUGGCUCUCGAGGAGGAUGACACGCUCAACGAGACGGAGUUCGAUCUCCAUCUGUACCGCUCCUCCAAAGCUCAGGAGGGGUGGACCUCCAAGGUGCUGUCGGUGGCACAGCCACGGAGGGACAUUCUGUGCCCUGUGGAUCGAGGCCUGUAUCAUGAGACCACGAAGGUGAUCGUCCUAGGGCGUGGCAGCCUAGCCAUGGUAGGCUGGGUUGACCUCUGGCGUGGCAUCCUCGUCUGCAAUGUGCUCCAGGAGAAUCCCGUUCUCCAUGACAUACUGUUGCCGCCACCGGCGAGGGGUAACUGGGCACUCUACCACAAAUGCCGCCCGUACAUCAUUCGGGACGUCACCGUCAGCUUGCUCAAAGAUUCCAUCAAGUACAUUGAGAUGGAAGUUUGCCCACCGGUUGUUGACCCUGGCGACCCUCCUGCGUCCUAUGCUAACUGGUUUCGUCAAAAGCCUCGUGAAUGGCAGUGCAGAACGCCUUGUGUAGGCUGGAGAGCCACCACAUGGAUCCUAUCGAUCUCAAAUGUUACAUCUGCAAAGUGGAACAUUAACUGCACCUUUGAUAUUGCUGAUGUCACUGUCGACCCAAUGCAUUCUGAGCUGCUGCCUAAGCCGAGCAGCAUCAACGACAAUCCCAGUGAAGCAUCAUUGCAGUGCCUCGUCAUUGGUUUUCCCACCAUGAGCAUGGAUGAGGAUGUUGUCUACAUGCUGUCUAAGGCCUGCCCCAUGGGUUCGAUGGAAGUUGUGAUUGCUAUUGACAUGAAGAAGAAGAAGGUGCAAGGAGUUGCGAAGCUUGUUACCGGAAAAGACUUCACUUAUACGCGUAACUGCACCAGUGAAGUCUCCAAAUAUCUUAGUGAAGACAAGGCACAAGUUAAGCUUGAUGAGCAGACAUAAAGGUGGUCGAGGUGGGAGGGCUAUUGAAUGGAUGAGAUCCAGUGCCUUGCCCACAGCAAGGCACGUCGUAACUGGCGGCCAGCCAACCGUUGGAUCAGGGGUGAGCAGCUCAGAUCGAAUACUGUAGCGCAAAGCACUGUUGACGUGGUACUGUAGCAUAGAUCACUAUAGGUGGGGUACUGUAGAUCGAACACUGUAGAACUGUCACUGUUCAUGUAGAUCUGGCCGUUGAUUUUGGAUUGGACGAUUGUGUUCUAUCGCUGCUGCACAAUCUUGGGUAUAUGUCUGCUUAAUGUAAUGAACUCUUGUGGUACUUGUCUAUUGUAAUGAACUCUUAGAGCAACUCCAAUGGACCGACCCAAA